AAAAAAUUAAACUGCUUUGUGUAUUGUGUGAACCCAGCCUAAUAUGAAUUGCUUUCAUUUAGGAUGUUGUACAGACUGACCAAGUUGCAUUUUGUUAAUGAACUAUGGCUUAGUGGGAUAUAUGAAUGCACCCAUUGUGUUUUGCAUAAGGCUUGACUAAAGUCAAAAUUAUGGAUUAAAUACUAAUUUCAGUUAUUUAAAAUAAAAUAUCAAUACCUAAUCUUUCAUUUAAAAUCAGUGACAUUACUAUGUGUGUGUGUGGGGGGGGUAUUUGGAGAGAGAGGGUAUUCAAAAAAUGCUUUGAAGACUGGAAUUUUAAUUUACAUUUUGUCUAUUACUUAGCAAAAUAAAGAAAAAUUCAUGUUUGAGUUAGAGCUAAUAUCGUAUGAAUAUAAUUUUAAGCAUUAAUAUAGUGAUUAGCGACUGUAAUAGCUUGGUAUACACAUCACCAUGCAAAGCCAUAACAUAGUUGCAUUUAUCAUUAAAUAUAAACAUAGACUUUAACUUUAUUUUUUGUGAUGACCAAGCAACAGAAAUGGGUGAAGAGAGUAGCCAGGGAUUGAAAUUGCUCUUUCGGUGCUUGCUUGUUUUUACCAGGACGAACCCCAAGGAUAUUAAAAAAAGAAAAACAGAGCAAAUAAUUUUUUUAACUCAAGUGUUAAUCAGUUUGCUUUUAAGAUCUUAAUCUUUUUACUCAGCAAUUGUAGCUUUACAGAUUUCUAUAUGAAGUCAGAUUUUUCUCUCCUAUCUGCUUUUUGUAGCUUCCUGAAAAGCUCUAGAAUUCUUGAAAGCUUAUUUUUUUUACUUUUGAGUUUGUCCUAAUAAAAAUUACCCUUUAUGAAUGUUGAGGUUAAACUUGGUAUAGGAAAAAAAAAUUCUCCUGUCCUUUGCUUCUGGAAAGUUCCAGAUAUUAAAGGUUGAUAUCAAUGCAAUCCUUGAGUCCCAGUCCUUGGAAAAAAAGACUUCACUCUGUAAGAUUUUCAGGUAAGCCCAGAGAUAUAGGAUCCAAUUUCAGCUUUCUGGUAGCAGUGCUUUGGAGUUAACAAUAGGAAAUAUUGUGCAAUAUUAUGCUGAUAAAAUAUGCUAAUUACAAUUAUUUGGCUAGUUUUAAGAAUUGCAGCUGCCUUGUGCAAAGUUCUGCUGAGUGAACAAAGACAAGUGGUGAUGAUACACAAUAUAAUAAGGUGUGGUCUGUAAAUAAACUGGUAGUUCAUCUACCUAAGUCUUUAUUCCGAAAAUGUCAAACUCAUUCUGUGCGGCAUUAUCAGUCCUAAUUGUCUAACAUUAUAUUAAAAUUAACUGACAGAAUAUUUACAGAGGGUGUUAUACAAUAGUAUAAAUUAUAAAAAUUGAUGACAUUGUUUGAAGUGUGAAAUAUUUCCAAAAUAUUGACAUUUUGUACUCAAGGCAGUUUGAUUGAAAACUCUCUCCCUAUUCAUUUAAUACAUUUCCUAGAGCAGUGGUUCUCAACCUGUGGGUCGGGACCCCAUUUGGGGUCGAAUGACCAUUUCACGGGGGUCGCCAAACCAUGCUGUCCGCCAUUUUUUUCCCUUUUCCCUAGCUGUCCUACUCCCUCUUAUUGGUGGCCACACCCACUUGGGGGUCACCACAACAUGGGAACUGUAUUAUGGGGUCACGGCAUUAGAAAGGUUGAGAAUCACUGUCCUAGAGCUUAUUACAAAUAAAUUAUAUGGAGUGAAAAUGCACAGUAUUAUCUAUGUUCUUUUUAAAAUCAUAGGUAAACAGGUCAGAAGUAAACUUUCUCAAGCCUUUAAUCACUGGUUGAAUGUUCCAGAAGACAAACUACAGAUUAUAAUUGAAGUUACAGAAAUGUUGCACAAUGCAAGUUUGCUUAUAGAUGACAUAGAAGACAAUUCAAAGCUACGACGUGGUUUUCCAGUGGCCCAUAGCAUUUAUGGAAUACCGUAUGUGAUAAACUGUGCAAACUUUGUAUAUUUCCUUGGUCUACAAAAGGUUUUAACACUUGAUCAUCCAGAUGCUGUAAAAGUAUUCACUCGUCAAUUACUUGAACUCCAUAAGGGCCAAGGCCUGGAUAUUUACUGGAGAGAUACAUAUACCUGUCCUACGGAAGAAGAAUAUAAAGCUAUGGUUCUGCAAAAGACAGGUGGCCUUUUUGGACUAGCCGUGGGCCUUAUGCAGUUAUUUUCCAGUUAUAAAAGUGAUUUGAAACCACUCCUUAACACUCUUGGGCUCUUCUUUCAAAUUAGAGAUGAUUAUGCAAAUUUACACUCCAAAGAAUAUAGUGAAAACAAAAGCUUUUGUGAAGACCUAACUGAAGGAAAGUUCUCAUUCCCAACUAUUCAUGCAAUAUGGUCAAGGCCAGAGAGCACACAGGUUCAAAAUAUUCUGCGACAGAGAACUGAAAAUGUGGAUAUAAAAAAAUACUGUGUACAUUACCUUGAGAAUGUGGGGUCCUUUGAAUAUACCCGGAAAACACUAGAAGAACUUGAGGCUGAAGCUUAUAAACAAAUUGGGUUGCUUGGGGGCAACCCUGAACUUACAGCAUUAAUUAAACAUUUAAGCAGAAUGUUCAAGGACAAUGAAAAUUAACAAAGUUAUCAAUUGAAUGUUUCUGAAAGGAUCAAGAAAUUGCUCUAAUUGUUCAUAUGAAUUAUGCUGAAACAGGUCUUAAGAGGUAACUGAAGAUUUGUGCAUACAAUAUGGUACCUUGAAAUUUCAAUGUUCAGUUGCUUAUACAAAAUCAUGUGACAAAAGUCAAUUAAAAUAGCUUCAAAAUCUCUCAAUGAUUUUGAUUUGUAAUCCCAUUUCUCAAUGAUUUUGAUUUGUAAUUUUAUUUCAUUAUCACUUAAUUCUGAUUAUGUGACACAUAGCAAAAACUAGUGCAGUAUGACCUAGUUUUUUUAAGAUGAGAAAAUAUCAAAAGAGGAAAGAGGAUGGUAGUACCCAAAAAACACAAUGCUACAUUGAAGGCUUUUGACAUAAUUCCUACUGCUAAAGCUAAGUACAGGUAGUCCUCAUUUACUGAUCACUCAUUCAGCAACCAUUCAAAGUUGUGGUGAUGCUGAAAAAGAGGUUUUGCACCUUGUCCUCAAACAAUAGCUGUCACAGCAUCCUGUCAUGUGAUUAUGACUUGGGUGCUUGGCAAUGUGCAUUUAUGAUGUUUUAAGAAUUCCUCAGUCAUAUGAUCACCAUUUGUGAUCUUCACAGCCAGCUUCCAACAAGCAAAUAAAUGGGGGGGGGGGAAUCAGAGAGUUGCUGGUCAUGGUCACUUGAUAUUAACUUAAUGAGUGGGUAAUUCAUUUAAUAACUGCAGCUAGAACUGAUGUCAUAAGUUGGCACAAUCACAUGACAUUUCAUUUUACAACCAUGUUGUUUAAUGAUGGAGUUGAGUCCCAAUUGCAGGAGGACUACCUGUAAUACCAUUGGCACAUGAAAUUUCCCUCUGCAGUCUGAAAACUCGUGUGUAUUAUCUGUUAAGGUAGCUAUAUUCAGAUUUCAUAUACUGUACAUAUUAGAAAAUGUGGAAAACAAGAGCUAGUAAGGAAUCAAAUUAGUGCCUAAUAAUCAAAUUAUUAGCUAGUGAAAAAUGUUUAUAAAUGAGGUACUGCUUUUCUUCAAGAAGUACACUCUCAAACUGCUGGAAACUAAUCUUACUCUGAGUGAAUAUACCAGGGGUCUUCAAACUUGGCCCUUUUAUGACUUGUGGACUUCAAUUCCCAGAAUUCCUCAGCCAGCUGAGGAAUUCUGGGAGUUGAAGUCCACAAGUCAUAAAAAGGCCAAGUUUGAAGACACCUGGAAUACACCAAUGCAUUCCCAAACCCCAUUUCCUGUAACUACAUCAAUGUUGAUCUAAAAUCUUAAUUCCAAGGCAAAAAUAAGUAAUUGCAAAGAAAAAAAAUGGGGUAACUGUAAUCAAUUAUCUCCCCAAGACAAGAUAAUUUCACCUGGUAAAUCUGACUUAUAGAGGGGAUUAUGUAGGAUAGCCUUAUAGUAUAAUUAAUAUAGGCAGGCAAUAGGUAUUAAAACACAUAAUUCCAUUAACUAAAGGAUUAUGCUAAAUGGUAUUUUACUACUAUCUUUGAUGUUAAUUUUUUGUGGGUUUAUGAAUAUAACGUAUUACAUUUAUGCGACCUCUAUUUGGAAUCCCAUUUGCCUCAUUUUUGGCUAGGCUUGGAUUUUGCUCACUACAAAGUGGCUGAUACUGACACACAUACAGUAUGUAAAAAAUAUAUUUGAUAUAGAUGCUUAGGUAAACUCUACAUAUUUAAAAAAUAAGCUAAUAUGAAACCAGCUAUUUAUACAAAUCAACAAAAAUGGUUAAAUAGUAUCUAUUUUGCGGAAUGCAACCACUUUUUAUAAUUAACAUAGCUGGUGAUAUAAUUACAGAUUCAGUUCCAAAAUUAAGAGCAGAAACAUAGCAUCACUCUAUAAUUCACUCUCCCAAUAUCAUGCUUUACUAUAUGAUCCUGGGAAAAGAUGUAGCCACAGACAGAGGUAUGUUCACACCCAAAGGACCUUUUGGAAAUUCAAAUCAAUGCAGAGCCUUUGUAAUUAGCAUCUAUUUCAGGCUGAAAAUCAAAUAAUUUUAUAUUUCGCUCUCCCCCUUCCCUCCUUAGGUAGAGUGUUGGUAUGGGCAACCUAGAGCUAUCCUUCCUCAUCAAUAAUAUUGCAGAAUUGUAGCAGUUUAAUAAUUCAGCAAAAUUAUUUACCAAAAAGCAUGGAGAAAAUCUCAAAUGAAAACACCCAGUAUCACUUUGAUGAUAUUAUAGCAUUAUCAAUCUUUCUACCCAAAUAUUGACGAGAUUUUUGGCUGGAAAAAAAUGCCCAUUGUUCUUACUAUUCUGUCAUAUUCCUAAAUUGAUACCAAGGUCAAAUAGCUGAACAUUGUAAUCCUAAAAUUUAAAUUGUCUCUAUCCCUAAAGAUAGUUCCUCCAAUUAAUGGAGUGUUGUUCCUUUUUAGCUCAUCCGUCUUCAUAACACAAUUCCAGAAAUAUAGCUGGCCAAUAUUCCGGAGACAGACAAAGACAAGCUCAAGAGUGACUGGUUCUUGAAAUUCCAGUCUAGUAUACUGUGGAAAGAGGAAACCGUAUUUCAUGAGCUGAGAAGUAAUUAACUCAUGAAGACAUGUGUUAUUUUCAUAAAUAAAUGCCCUCCUUUUUCAAUUAACAGAAAAAGUAAGAAACAUUUCAAGUGCAAAAUUAAUCCAGCUUAUAGUAGAUCUGCAGCAUGGCAGGUGUCAAGUUUUUUUUGUCCCCUUUAUUAACUGCAUUGAGUUUGAUGGUUUGCCAAUGCCUAGCUUAAAAUAAUUCCUCACUAAAUGCCUCCCAAAUUUGUUCUGAAGGCUUUUAAAAAAAGAAAGAUCUCUAAAUAUUUUAUUAAGCAGUAAGUACAUUAAAUAUAAUAAUCAGUGCAGCAUGUUAUUGGAAAAUAUCCAGAGUAUUUAAAUGUAUGUUGUAACAUUUGUUGGAAAUGAGUUGGAGAACAUGAUGGUUUUACAAAUUGUACAUUCCCAAAGUAUUUGGUGGGUGAAAUAAAGCAUACUAUGAAAAUCAUAAACU